UGACAAGGUCGUCACACCGUCACUGGUGACUGAACCCGCCGAGUAAAACCGGAGUUCCCUCUGCGGCUCUGCGGAUUCGACAAAGACAUUUUUAGAUUGGUUUUAGAGCGAGAAACAGAGGCUCGUGAUUCUGGGACUUCAGCAUUCUUCAUAUAGAGUUAUCAACUUUCUUUCCUUAAAUUCCCUUUUUCUUUUUCCCCCCUUUAUAUUCAACUGUUAAUUGCUUCAAGUUCAUUGUUUUCUAGAGAAAUGUCUUAGCUUUAUUCCUGGGCUGAAACUUAUUUGCAUGGCUCAUUGGCUAAGUAAGAGUUCGAAAUAAAUAAUGCUGGGUUUUGUUUCUUGCAUGGGAAUGGUGUGAGUUGUUGGAGGGAAUGAAGGGGAAAUUUUGUUCUUCUUCUAAAUGUCUGUGGAUGCAAAGAAACCCUUCAACGAAAAUGUCUUAUUUGGACUUUUUGAUUUUCCCUUUUGUGGGUUUUUCCUUUUUUGAAAUCCCAUGUCCAGUUAACUCUUUGUGGAUUUAUCAGGCUAUUAUGUAAUUUUUGUUUGGUGGAGGCGGAAAGAAGUUGUGUUUUUCGCCUCUUCUGAUUUCAAAGAUGUUAUGCAUUGAAGGAUCUCUCAAAAGGCUGGUCGAGGCUUCACAUGAAAGCUGCAGGAAGCUUUCUGUCUCCUGGGCAUCUGAAUGAGAAGUGCAUUGUAGUUGGUAUAUGAGGCUGAACUUGGUCCAUUCCAUCUUUUUGCGUUUGAGUAUAGCAAAAGAUGAGCAGCAAGGUAGAAGCCUGUCCAGAAUGCACCCAAAGAUGCUUACAUCUUCAUAGAAAGACAGGGAAUUUAUCAUCUGUUACGUCAUUCUUCAAAGUGAUGUUUGGAGAUCGCUUUUCUGAAGUUUUGUACUUUCCGCCUAUGUUUGCUGCUACACUGUCGAGGUUGGUUGAUAAAAAGGUUGUUCUUGAGGAUUCUCUUGGACAACAAUGGAAGGUAACAGUUUCCAAUUGUGAAGGAUCCCUUGCCUUCCAAGAAGGAUGGAAUACUUUUUCAUUAGAUCAUAGUCUAGAAAUUGGAGAUUUUUUGAUCUUCAAUCACGUUAUGGACUUGCACUUCGAUGUUAGUAUCUACACUAAAACCGGUUGUGAAAAAAUAGAGUUCGCUAAAAAAAGCAAAAUGAGGAAAAGAACUAGAAGUGCCGGUCCUGUAAUUGAGACAACUAAUGAAGGUUUGACAAAUCCGCAAGCUUCAUACCCCUCUGUGGGUUCUGAAUCCAAUGUGGCAUUAUCUCAAGAUAAAUGUAACGUGGCUGGUUACCGAAACAUGAAUGUAAACCAGGACAAAAGGCCAAAGUACUGGAGGAAUGAUGAGGGUUAUGGACCUCUCUUUAAAGUAGAUGUUGUUGAUGAUUCAUAUUGUUUCAUCAACCAAAACAAGGAUGUAGGACUGGAGGAAAACAGAAGCCCCUUACUUGACUUGUUUUCCAUGGAAAUGCAGAUAGUCAAACCCUCCAUCAAUGAGAAUACCACAAAUAAUGUUGCUCAGGAUGAGUUAGAUCCUAACUGUACUUCCACAUCACAGAAUGCUGCAAUCAUUGUCAGCCCAGUUAACAAUGCUCCAAUCGAUAUUAGAGGAAACAUGGAAGUAUUGCCUUUGGAUAUAUCUGCCAACAAGAUAAUUGAUAAAAGUCAAUGUUUUGAGGAGGCUGAAAUAAAGAUGAGUGUCUCUGACAACGAUCCUUGCCAUGACAAGACUAUCGAGGUUCCUUUUAUUUCAUCUGCAACAAAUUCUGAAGAUGUUGAGCAUUUUUGUGACACGCCAUUAAAAAUGGUAAAAGACUGCCAGAAUGUACCAGCAAUAUGCAGCACACCAUCAACAAUUACAAGACAUGAUCAGGUCUCCAAUCAUAAAUGUACAUCUUCCACCGAACAUUGCCGUAGUGUGAAACAGGAGUACCCUCCAAAUUCCUUGGAGGUUAAAAAAUGGGACAUGACAAAGAUCAUUAAGAAGGAACCAUUGGAAAUUAGAACAGAAGUGAACAACUGUGGAAACUCCAUUAAACGAAUAUUGGACCCGAAGGUCAUUAAGAAGGAGUUCAUUGUGACGUCUAAUCAAAGUGGUAGAGAUAAUAAUGAUGACACUAAUAAUGAAUAUCCGAUUGGAACUCCAGCCCAUAUCUCCUGUAUAAUAGCUAAAGAUACUCUCUCUUUUCUGGAGCUGCCGACGAGUUUGCACCUAUCAUGUUCAAGAGGCCGAAGAAACCCAGAGAAGAAGAAGGUAGUCUUUCUUCGGGAUCCCAGGAAGAGAUUGUGGCCAAUUCUUUACCAUGAGAUGCCUAAUGUUAAAGUUUUAACAAGUGGAUGGGAAUCAUUUUGCUCUGCAAAUAAAAUCCAAUCUGGGGAUGAGUGUUUGUUUCAUGUCGAGGAUGAGCUCGAGCGCAUAUAUGAAGUCAGUGUUAGGAAAUGUAAAAACUAGUUGUAUUAUAUGAUUCUAGAACUCUACAUUUUGGUUUCUUGUUUAAAUCUCCUGUGGAAAAAAAGAAAGGCAUUAGUCUGAGACAAUGGUGGAAACUGUUGCAGUGUACAAGUUUGGGGAAAUUCAUGCUGUUGAUUAGUACUUUUGUACGGAACUGGAAUGGUGGUAUUGUUAAUUCAAACAGUACUAUAAAUACAAUGCAACAUCCUACAAUGGAGGUUUUGUAGGCAUUCAUCUUAUUAA